AUGCGUAGCGUGUCAGCUACUACCUCCGCCGCUGCCAGCGGUCAAAAUUUGCAGACAUUCACUGGUGCUUUGGGUGGGGUCACUGCGCCUGCAGUGACAGCGGGGGGAACUGGUUUUGUGGUCCAAGGGUCCGAUAGCUUUGUCAACCUACCUGCAGCCUUGGGCCGCCCAUGCGACAUCCAGCAUAACCAGUGUGCGGAUGCAGCGAAUUCGGGUUCGGCAAGUGGACUUACUAAACUAGAGCUGGUCUGGACUAUGCCUCGUGUAUUUCAAGGGUUCGAAAAUGAUGUUGUACUCGCUAUGGAAUCUUCUUCAGACUCGCGUCUUCCUAAAGAUGACUCGGAACUGGCGGAGGUUAUUCACGAUGAUGCAGAAGUUGAUAAACCCACUAUUUAUCCUCAUCGCACAACUCAUCAGUAUCAAUUCUACGCAUAUCCCCCAGAAACUAUGCACAACUUUGAAACGACAUUGUUUAUUAACGGCGAGUUCACCCCUGCGAGCUCUGGGCAGACCUUGAGCGCCACAUAUAUUGCGCAGUUGACUGUCGAAGCGGGGUUCCCUCCUGGCCUUAUUAAUAUCAUUUCCGGACGCAUGUAUACUGGCAUUCUCUUUGCAGGCCCUGAACUGAAAAGGCAGUGUCCUGGUGUGGUGUUGGAAGAUGUUGAUGCAUGCGCUAAGGAGAUAGGAUGCAUAGGUAUCAAUGUGGAGAAAAAGUACUAUGAACUUGAGAGUAGCACCGGCGACGUAUUUGUCAAGAGGACGCUGAGUCCUCGCGAGUGGCUUAUCGACAUCAAGGGUAACCUUGUGGUACCAUUCAUGCAGUUGGAAAGGAUCAAGAACGAGGUAGCUGCCAUCAAGUACAUCAAGGAGAACACAAAUUUCCCGGUCCCAACCAUCCGUUGUCAUUUCGAAGAUAAUGGCUGUUACUAUAUCAUCAUGGAUGCAGUACCUGGCACGUCUAUGGUAAAUCUUGCGGAGGAUCAGAGGAAGGUCGUCAUAGAGGAGCUGAAGGGUUAUAUAAAGACCAUGCAAGGAGUCAAGUCGAAGGUUAUGGGCAGCUUUACAAGCGACAUUUGUCUGCCCUACCGCCUGGCCAAGGUCUUGCCACAAGACAAGCCAAAGAAAUUCAAGGCCGCAAGCACAGAACAGUUCGUACUUUGUCACAACGACUUGGGUCAUAGUAAUAUCAUUGUCGACGAGAAAACGCUCAAAAUCAAUGCCAUCGUAAACUGGGAAUAUGUUGGGUUUUAUCCGGAAGAGAUGGAAAAGGCUUUUUACAUGCGGAAGCAUUUUGCAAUCCUGUUGGAGGAUGAGCAUGAUGGUGUCCCUCAUUUACUAGAUAUUUACUCGAACGCUGUGACUUUCGAUACUCAAGAAGUUACUUUGAUUGUUGGCUCUAUUCAAACCACUAUGAACCCGGCGUCAUCUCGCACAGAAAUCACGCGCUGGGUCUCAAAUGCGUGGAUGAUCGACAUGCGCACUGACUCAGGCGAGGUACAACACGACGGAUUCGAAUUACAACUGGAUGUUCCGUCCGCACAGCUGGCGCGCAGAGGUGGGGAGCUUGAGUACUGGAGCGUGGGUGCGACGCAGCGGCGGGUCAGACUCACAAUGCGUCCGGCUCAAAAUCUCAAGAAAAAUGAUCUAAAGCGCGUGGAUGAGGACAGCUACGAUAACAAAGAAGGACGCGAGAAGUCGAGAUCGGCGCUUGAUCAGUUUCUCGGGGAGUCUAAUCGGGUUUGGAAAGGCGAUGAGAAGGAUUGGGCACGGUGCCAUACUUUACUAAGGCGCUUGGGUACAGAUGGAGUGAAGCUUGAGUUGUGGAGAGCGUGGCUCGGACUUUAUGACUGUGACAGUACUAGCAUGACCAGUACCAGUGUAAAGGGUAAGGAAGUGGCCAGUGAACCAAACCCAAAUGAAGACGAGAAGGCUACUACUCCACCAUCAACAGAGCCUUUCAAUGAGCCCAGUCGGAAAAAAAAUGACACCAUCCUCCAAGGUUUUGAGCUUCCCGAUUCGCGUGCCAGAUACCUAACGCUCCUGCACAAAGCAGGCCUACUAGGUCCAUCAGACGCGGGGCGCGCAAGCUACAUGACACUUUCGCAGGUCUGCUUUUGGAGCUACGCGAGCGACCUGGGAGGGAAGAGGAUGGAGAAGGAGGAAGAAAUUUUGAGAGUGUAG